UGGCUUCCAUAAGACUUUAGAAAACAUAAUGAAAAUGGCAUGCUUCCUAGUGGUUUCUUUGGCACUGUGGAGCAUGCUUUUGAUAUCUGUCUCCACAUAUGAUUCACCAAGGGGGCCAUUAUUUUCUGCAAUGUUUGUCUUUGGUGAUUCAUUAGUGGACAAUGGAAAUAACAACAGACUCUACUCUUUAGCAAAAGCCAACUAUAGGCCUUAUGGCAUUGAUUUUCCAGGGGAUCAUCCAACUCCAAUUGGCAGAUUUUCUAAUGGGAGAACAAUCAUAGAUUUUCUCGGGGAAAUGUUGGGUCUUCCUUAUCUACCACCUUUUGCAGAUACCAAAGUACAAGGUAUUGACAUUUCCAGAGGAGUAAACUUUGCUUCAGCCGGUUCUGGGAUACUUGAUGAGACGGGGCGAAAUCUGGGAGAACACAUUAGCUUUAACCAUCAAGUGAGUAAUUUUGAAACAGCACUAAGUCAGAUGAAGACCCUGAUGGAUGAUAAGAAUAUGAGUCAGUACUUGGCAAACUCAUUGACAGCGGUGAUCAUUGGCAAUAAUGAUUACCUGAACAACUAUCUCAUGCCUGUAUUUUAUGGUACUAGCUUCAUGUACAGCCCAAAAAACUACGCCGAGAUCCUCAUUGAGGCUUACAAAAACCAUAUUUUGGCCCUUCGUGAUUUGGGACUGAGAAAGUUCUUACUGGCAGCGGUUGGGCCACUCGGUUGCAUACCGUAUCAACUAUCCAGAGGCAUGAUCCCUCCAGGACAGUGCCGUUCCUAUAUCAACGACAUGGUUGUCUUGUUCAAUACUUUGUUAAGAUCUUUGGUGGAUCAACUAAACACAGAGCACGCAGAUUCAAUUUUUGUAUAUGGUGACACUUACAAAGUUUUCAGUGAGAUUAUUGCGGAUCCAAAUAGCUAUGGGUUCAGUGUAAGUAAUGUAGCGUGCUGUGGUUUUGGAAGGAAUAAAGGACAGAUAAAUUGCUUGCCAAUGGCUUAUCCAUGCUCAAAUAGAGACCAAUAUGUGUUUUGGGAUCCCUUCCAUCCAACCCAGGCUGUGAACAAAAUUAUGGCUAGUAAGGCUUUUACUGGACCACCUUCUAUUUGCUACCCAAUGAAUGUGUAUCAGAUGGCACAAAAGCAUUUACCAUCUACUCAAAACAAUGCCUCAAUCGCGUCUAAUUUAUCAAACUAAAAAUUAUGUUUAACGUUUUGAUGUGGUUGGUUAUAAUAUGAAAGUGGCUUUUGUUGUGGUCAGUUAUAUAUGAAUGACUACUAAAAAGAAAAUGUUAUA